AUGGUUUCUACUGGAGAUUCAGGAGGGGAAAUCACAGGAACAUCAAUGGCAUCCACGACCGUUGAUCAUCUUCAUCUUUUGUACUUGCAUCCAUCUGAUGCACCUGGCUCACUCAACAUUGGAAUAAUGCUUACAGGAACAGAUAAUUACACUUUGUGGAGCAAAGCAAUGCAGUUGGCUUUGCUUGGGAAGAACAAAGUAGGAUUCAUUGAUGGAACAGUGAAACGAGAUCAGUUUUCAGGGAGUUUAGCUCAACUGUGGGAUCGAUGUAAUGCCAUUAUUGUUUCAUGGAUUUUGUGCAAUGUGAGUAAAGAUCUACACAGUGGUGUUCUUUUCUGUUCAGAUACACAUUUGAUUUGGGGAGAUCUAAAAGAAAGAUUCAACAAGAUCAAAAGUUCUCGUGUGCUUCAGAUCUUCACACUUGUUCAAGGUGUGUCUUCUAUCUCAAGAAUGUUGCAAUUUCUUAUGGGACUUAAUGAUGGUUAUGCUCAGGCUCGUAGUCAAAUUCUAUUGAUGCAUCAACUUCCUAGCAUUAAUCAGGUUUAUGCCAUGAUAAGUCAAGAUGAAAGUCAGAAACUAGCAGCAAAUUUAAGUAGGUCAAUGCCAGAAAGUUUAAAUCCUACAGCAAUGUAUGCAUCGAGAUCUAAUUCUAGGAAUAAGAAGCCAUACAAUCCUAAUGCCUUAUGUGAUUAUUGUCACAUGAAGGGGCAUAUGAGAAGUGAUUGUAACAAACUAUUGAAGUGUGAUCAUUGUCACAAAACUGGCCAUGUAAAGCUGGAUUGUUUCAAACUUAUUGGAUAUCCUUCAGAGUUCAAAGGAAAGAGGGACACAAUUGUUGCAGGGAACUCAAUCUAUGAGGAAUCAUCCAUCCAUCAUCAUGCUCCACAAGCUACUGUUUGGCAUCAAAGGCUAUGUCAUGUACCCUAUGAGUGUAAUCCAGGAAGAUUCCCCAGUUUAAAUAAGUUUGGUAGUAAAUUUACACUGCAUGAUUGUGAAGUUUGUCCACUUGCUAGACAAACUAGGCUGCCCUUUCCUAACAGUACUAGUAGAUCAACAAAUAUUUUCCAGCUGGUUCAUUUGGAUGUUUGA